AUGUUGGGGUUGGGGGGGGGUCCUACAGAAGCCGGUCCACACGCGUCGGUGUGCUUCGGCCACUCGAUUGGGUCUCAGGCGAACGGAGCAACCAGAAACGCAGACUCGAUCCCGUCCCGGAUUCGGACACCUCGGCCAGACCGGCUGUUCGAGCUCAUGUUACCGACUGAAACUCGCGACUCCAACGAGGGCUGUCUGUCAAACGGGGCUGGUUGCUCUUUUGUUUUACCCAUCCGCAGUUGGCCCUACCGACGAGAGUCGACCUGCCACAUUCCUACUAUGCCCCUCCGACGUUGCCUGCACACAUGUUUUACCUGUUGUUUUAGUAACCGAAUACGACUAAGACAAGAAAGAAAGGUCGCGUUUUAG